UAGCGGUCAAAUAAAUGCACGAAGUCACGGUAAUUGGUUGAAAAUAUAGCACAGUGGCCUGCACACAUAGCAACCUAUACAGCAUGCCAAGGGGAUUUGCGUCAAAAGUUCGUACGGCGAUCAAUACAAGUCCCAGCUAUAGCAAAUAGCAGAGAUCGGCCGACUUGAGAUUGGGAGUCAGGGGAUUGGUGCGUGUGGAUAUGAUAAACGGCAACUUUCUGACUACCGGGGUUUGAAGUUGUUAUUACUGCCUGUCACCUGAGGACACGCGGAUUGCCGGAAGAUGGAUAUGUUCUCUCAAAUCUACAGAGCUGUAUCAUCUAGACUUCCCUCCAUUUCUAGCUCUGUUCAUACAUCAAGGGAAUCCAGAAUGAAUCCGAAGGAAAUCCAAGAAUUUGUUGAAAACGGCCUCAAAGACAACGGCCUCGUUGUCUUCAUCCGGACUUCGCCGCCUUGCUACUACUGCCAGCAAGCUCUCCGCUUCCUGAGAGAAAAUCCAGAUCUCAAUGGUAAAUCAAUCGACCUUAGUGAAACCGGCGAGCAGCAGGCUAUUAUCAGCUACCUUGGCGGCCUCCCAGGUUCUUCAGCCACGUUCCCUCGGGUUUUUGCUAACAAGAAGUUGAUUGGUGGCUAUUCCGAUUUGGAGGGCUUGGGCGCAUCUGGUGUAAAGGACAUUAUCCAGAAGGUGUAAAGUUUUCAUGAGAAGCGUGGGUCAAUACCAUGACAGUUCCGACUCGGAGCGAUUGGUUCAGUGAUGUCGUACAAG